AUGGAUAUGGAACUGAAACAAGCUUUCGCGGACCUACAGCGUAAAAUGGUCGAGACGCAGUCACAAAUGAAAAUAGCGGAUGCACAAAUCAUGCAAUUAGGACGCGAAAAGAAACGUUCUGAGCUUACUGCAAGCGAAAUCAGCGGUUUGCCAUCAGAAACAAGAUUAUUUCAAAGCGUAGGGCGAAUGUUUUUGCUUCGAACACGAGACGAAAUCGACCAAAAUUUAAAAUCUUCACAAGAAAAUUCAGACACGAAAGUUAAAGAACUCGAAGCGAAGAAAAAAUAUUUAGAAAAAACUGUUAAAGAAAGUGAAGAAAACCUUCGUGAAAUGGUUUCUCAACGAAGGAAAUGA